AUGUCUGUAGUCGUGUUGGGAGCAGGAGUUAUCGGACUAUCGACUGCUAUUAGGAUAUUGGAGAAAGGGGACCCUGUCACCAUUGUCGCAGAAGUCUUUCCUGAUGACGCGAAGAGUAUUCGAUACACAAGUUGGUGGGCCGGAGCGCAUCAUGUCAGUCUUGCAGGUGACGAUGGUAGACAGCAAAAGAUGGAUCGCGAAACCUUCAAUGUUAUGUGGGAAAUGUCCGAAUCUGGGAAGGACUCUGAGCAAUGCUUCAUGCGUAUCCCUCAAGUUGAAUACUAUUGCGAAGAAAAACCAGGAAUAAAUAAUCUAGAAGUCAUGCCUGAAUUCAGGCAUCUUCCCAAGGACGAGCUCAUUCCGGGUUCAGUUUGCGGUGUUUCCUUCAAGACACUAACAAUUGACAUGCCGGUCUACCUUCUUUAUCUUCUCGAACGCUUCCGUACCCUUGGUGGGCGUACCGAACGUGCAUCAAUACAGCAUAUUUCACAGCUCGCAGAAGGCGCAUAUACAGAGGGUAAUCUGCCCAUUGCCAUCGUUGUAUGCGCAGGGAUUGGUGCACGAACACUUGGCGGUGUCGAAGAUAAAGAUGUAUACCCUAUCCGUGGCCAGACGGUACUCCUACGAGCGCCAUGGGUUCACUUUGGUCGCACAGUGAGCAGCACCGAGACUGGGUUGUGGACAUAUAUAAUUCCGAGACGCAGCGGAGAUGUCAUCGUCGGCGGAAUAAAAGAUCCUAAUGAUUGGGAGCCGAAACCUCGUGCAGUUACAACCAAAGAUAUUCUUGAACGAGGACUUGUUCUUUGCCCGGAGCUCUCUCCCUCUUAUGCCGAGGAUAAGUCUCGUGUACCGACAAUCGAAGAUGUGAAACCGAUCAUUAUUGAGGAAGGCUGUGGCUUGCGGCCUGGACGCAAUGGAGGAAUUCGCCUCGAAAAGGGUAUACUCGAGACAGUCGCUGGAUUAAAAGUUCCAAUAGUCUACAAUUAUGGCCAUGGCGGAUACGGCGUUCAGUCAUCAUGGGGAUCCGCAAGCAUUGCUGCGAAUCUACUGGAAGAAUUGCUACAGUGA